CAGAAAGGACCUGAAACUUGGAUAUUCAGAGGGCUUUUUAAAGUCAUGCAUGUUUUCCUUAGAUAGGCUAGUUAUUAAAUAUGACACUGAUAUCACUGAAUAUUGUUAUUCUCCCUUGUAGCUGCGGGAGCCUGGGAGGAGAGGCGCGCAGCAGGCAGCAGAUGCUGCGAUUGGUCGGACGCUCCACGUUGCACAAAUCUAAACAGGAGCGUAAAGCAGAGACGCCCGGAGGAUGAAGCAGCCGGAGCAUCCUCUUCAUCCGAGCCGGGCACACGUAGCCGGAGUCUGCUGACAGCCAGGCGGCAACGCAGCGCCAGACAACACGGCGCUGUUUUCUUCCAUCCACUGAGGAGCAUCUGCUGGCUGAAAAACUGGUACUCAUCAUGGGCUUGUCUUGUCUUUGGUAAUACUGUCCGAGCAGCAACGCAACACGCCGCCUGCAUCUGCAGAAAAACAACACCAUGGGUUCCAGACUGAGCAGGCAGAGCAGCCUGGACAAUGAGAAUUUCUCCAAAAAGCGACGCAAGCUUCUAGACAGCGGUGGAGAGAGCGACAGGGGCAGUCGGGGCGGCGGGGACUUUCUGUUUGCGCUGAUGCUGAAAUCAGACAAACUGCCUGGGAUGCUGCGGAGGACUAACCACAGUCCGUACAUGAGGCGAGUCGCGUGGAUCAAGGAGAUACAGAAGCUGCUCCGUGACCGCAGAAUAGAGCAAGCAACCGACGUGCUCAAAUUACUGAGGAAGGAUCUGGGUUUGGAAGGCACCUCACUCAACGACAUCUUGUACAAAAACGCCGCCUUCCUCAAUCUAGUGGACCCAAUCUCACAUGAACUGCUGCUCAGCCUGGCCCGAGAGAUGCAGUGUCCCAAGAAGGAUGCGGACACUAUAAAGUCUUCUGACAAGAUUUGCCGACAGCUAAUCUAUCACCUGACCCCGCACUCAAAGUGGUUGAGGCAGAGCAUGUCCAGACGGAAAUCCCAGGCCUGUCUCAAGACAACUCUGCAGAAAAAGCUGUCCAGUGAAUCUGUCGACUUGUCCGGUAUCCCUCUGUCCAGCCGUGAUGUCCGUCAAGUUGCCUACUACCUCCAAAACAACAGAGACACUGUGGUGGCUGUGGACAUCAGCUUCACUGAGCUCCAAGAUGAGAACCUGAAGUUUCUACUGCCUCUUCUGGCCUCGCUGCCCAAACUCAGCACCCUGGCUCUCAACGGUAACCGGCUCACCCUGGCUAUACUCAAAGACCUCACAGAGAUGCUCAAGGACCCCAAGAUGUUCUCCAGCCUGGCCUGGAUUGACCUCGGCAAUAAUGUGGACAUUUUUACCAUGCCUCAGCCGCUGCUAGUUGCACUGCGUCGCCGUUGUAGCCUAAAGAGCAGCUUGCCCACCAUCUACGAGUACACGGAGGGCCAACCCUACUGCUACCACCUGGAGACUUCCAUAGAAGAGCCCAGCCACUACGAGGAGGAAGAGGAGGAGGAAGAGGAGGUGGAGGAUGACGAGGAUGAUGUGGCGAACAAAUUUGAGCUGGAGCCGUGGGGAUUAGGGCAGAAGCAGCUCUCUAAGGACUUCACCCUUCACUACUGUGAAAGGUGAUGGGUCUUAUCUCUCUGAGGCUCUUUCAGCUGUGGUUGAAAUGAUGUCCCACAGCACUCCGUUACUUCCUUCGCCUUCCUGCCCUCACACCACGAGCCCAGUCACCCUUUGAGGCAUGAGGGAGACCACUGCCUACAUUGUGAACUUCGCGUCCUGACACGGCUAGCAAGCUAUUCCUAACCAUCUCUGAGUUAAUCCAGACAAGAUAGUGACAAUGAAGUGACGGCCACGACGGCGGACUUACUGUGUUGGUGGAUGGUGCUCUUGGGAGCAAGGUGCGGUUUCAUUGGAGGGGGGCUGGAAGAGUUAAUGACCCAGGGCUCCCUCUCUCUUUCUUCCUCUCUAUCCCCUCUCUCUCUCUCUCUCUCUCCCUCUCUCUCUCUCUGUGUGACAGUGGCAGCUGAGGAGCCAAUCUCAAGGAGAUUUAGAUCAGUCAGUCGGAUGGAGGUGCAGCAUCCCUGCGGUAGCUGAAGUGAACCUCGAGUUAGUUUGGAAACAGUGGGUCCCAGUGGGUUCUCUACCAGGACUGAGACUAUCUCUGGCAGGCAGGGCCUAGCUCCACAUUGUGUGUUCUCUGUUAAUCUCUCAACAAAAGCUAUGACACAAGUUCAACAGACUAUACAGCCGACGACCCAUCACGUGACGCCGGCAAAACUGCUAGGUCGACUUUUUGCGUUUUCCCCCCCUUUCCAAAUGUCCACUUGUGAAUACCCACGCAGCGCUUGUGUAGAUGUAAAUGAGGACACAAAACAUGGCUCUGUUGUGUUUCCACGGGCUAUUUUUGUGCACUUUGGUGAACAAAGCAAUCUUAGAAGACAACAGGUAGGACUUAACAAUGGGUAGCUGUCACUGAUUGUUUUUGUAUUUGCCUAAAUGCUGAUAUUCACCUCUUUGUAAUUACUGAGCUGUUGUAGUCAUCACCACAGUGUUUCUGUGCAUUUAUGACACUACAGCCAACUGCUAAUAUGGGCCACUGAGUCAGAGCAGUGCCCAAACUGCCCUUCCUACUGCCGUUCGUCUCUACAGAUACGUCGUCAUUGCCAUUUAUUGAUGCAGUACCUCAGUGGCCCCGUGUUUGUUAUGAGAAACAGCCACGACUGUUAUCUAUGGGUUAUAAUCCAUCUACGGUAGCACAUAAUAUUUCAAUUAGACUGAGCAAACACAACACUGCACUUUAAGGCACUUUUCUUUUGAUAUUUUAGUUCCACCAUAGAAUAUACUCUGUGUUUAUAACUACACAUAUUUGCAAAUCAGAAGCUGAAAGUAUCCAGUACCUCUUUAGGUUGUAACGAUGACCAAAUGGCUCAUGAUUGUUAGAAGGGAUCAUUAAAAACACAAUAUAUAUAAUAAAUGUUUAAUGUGUGUUAUAUGUGUUUGUAACAGUUCGGUGUCUAAUUGCUGUUGUAAUUAUUUGUGUCAUUGUUUUGGUGUUUUGUCUCUUGUCUGACUCAGUAAUUCUAAUAAUGAGCUCUCCCGCUGUAAGCAUGAGCGGUAAACAACAAGGGGACACGGCUGAUAGGAUUACGCAAUAAAACAGAAAAUAGUGCAGUGAAUGUAAUUUACAGUGAAAGCGGGCACCAAUUUAUGUCAAAUUGGUUUGUAGUUUAUGUCACAUGUGUCAAUGUCAAUUUUUUCCUUGCUGUAACCUGUGUGUAUUUGUCCCAUUCCAAACACUGACUGCCAAUUAAAAAAGCCGAUUCAAACCAA